AAAAAAAUAAAAAAUAAAAAAACAAAACAAAAAAUUAAGAGCAGUCGUCGCUGCCUUAAAAAACUAUCGACAGCAGCCAGGUUGUAUAGAGCUCCAGUCACAGCAAAUGAUCAGUUCAUAUUUAGUGCUGGUUCGCGACGGUCGACUUUUCCGAAAAUAAAAAGCAAAAAAUAUAAAAUAAAAAUAAUCUUCUAAUUACUAAAAAAUACAUAAAAGAAAUACAAAAUUAUAAUAAAAGUAAUAAAAUAAAAAUAAUUAAAAUACAGCAAACAUAAUAAUAAAAAAAAAAAAAAUAAGAGAAUAGAGAGAAUAAUCUAAACGAAACGAAAAAAUUUUAGUUUAAAUUUGUGUGUUAAAGCUUUUGUGGUGUUGUUAGCUUUGUUAACUUGAAACAGAAACAAAAUAAAUAUAAAAAAAUAUACAUUUAGUGUUGUCAUUUGUAUGUACCUUGAUUAUUAGCUAAGAGUAAGGCGCUACAGCUAGAGUGUUUUUCAUUCUGUUAGAUAUUUUUUUGCUAGUAAAAUAAAUAAAAAAAAAUAGUACCUAUUUCUUGUUGUAUUUGACUACACACAAAACAAAAAAAAAACAACGUACUCUCAUACUUAUGUAUCUGAGUCCAUUAACUAACUAAAGUGCCAGUGAAUAAUAUUUUAAAAAUAAAGCAUUUCGUUAUUUUAUUUUCUGUGUUUUUUAUUUUUAUUUUUCGUGACAACUAAUCAAUAAAAAGAAAUUAUAGUUAAGAAAUCAAAGAAGCAAAAAAAAAACACGCAUACGAAUAUUGUUAACAGAAUAAAACAUACAACGAAAAGCCGAAAAAGAGAAAAAAUAAAAUAAUAAGAAAAAAAAAGAAGAAUUGGAUUCGAAAGUUUAUAAAAAUUUAUUUUGUUUAAAUUUAUACCAAACGUUUGAAAGUGUAACGGAAAUUUUGAAAACGAAUUUAAAACAAUUGACAUUUAUUUUUUCACGUGGCAACGCAACAUAAAGUGUUUUAAAAGUUACAAGUCAAAAUGGUCUCAAGAAAUGCCAAAAAGAAACAACAGCAGCAGCAGCAACAAAAUGUUGGCACAACAUCCUCCACAUCUAACAACGCCUCAUCAUCAUCAACCACCUCCUCCUCUACAAAGGCUGUGAAAAAACUGGAUGCUGAUUUAGCAGAUGCCACGCAAGCGCAAGGCCUUACCAGUACCAGUACCUCAGGAGAAUUUCAUAUGGCUAAACACUUCAAAGCCUCCACGUCUUCGUCGUCAAAGUCAGCGGUCAGCGAAACCAGCGUCACCGAAAUUCAAUCGAAUAACGAAUCAUCAUUGUCAUCGUCAUCAUCUAAAUUUAGCUCAAAAUCUCAGCAUCACCAAGCGAUGACGGAUGGCUACUCCUCCAUGGGAAAGGUCAUCUCGUCCAUUGAUUUAGUCAGCGAGUCCGCCAUCAAGGAACCGGUAUUUUCGGUACCCAUUGAUGUGGUAGAAAUAACUACUAGUGGCAGUACGGGCAGCAUGAAAAAGGUCUUCUCCUCCUCCAUUACUUCAUCGUCUCAGUCGACAUCACAGUCCAUGUCAUCGCAGAAUAUGGCUUCCAUAACAUCGUCGUCGGCUAAAGCUAAAGCAAUUACCGAUGGCAGUGCUGGCUAUAUAGUGGAUGUGGAAUUUAAGCCAGAAACUGUGAUAAUAAAAGACGAAUCGAUGGCUACUAAGAAAGCAUUUCAAACGCUGGCCAAAUCUACAAACGGUGCUACUGAAAUGACAUCAUCGUCAACCAUGUCAAGCCAGUUUUUAGCAGCAGAAUCUGUUAAUGGCACUACGACUAGAGCUGAGCAGCAGAGCAACACCAACACUGAAAAACAACAUUAUUCAUAUCCAGCAACAACCAAUAAAAACAUUACUGGUGGUGGCUCAGACAAUAAUAAUCUUCUACCUGCCGAUACUUAUGAGGUAUUAAUGCCGCCAACUCCAACCCCCUCUACGUCAUCUAUGACGUCGAACCAACAAAACACACUCAAGUCUUCCAAACACAAUUUUGAUGACUUCACUGCCAUCGACAAUAAUACGUCACUAACCAGUAUUGAACAAAAUAAAGCUUCCUCCACCAACAUCAAUGUGCAAAACACCUCCAACACCAGCACUAGCAACAUCAUCUCCUCUUCAUCCACCACUAAAGCGUUACGUGAUACCAACACCUCCAUUAGCAAUAGUGUGAAUAAGAAAUCAUUGAGCUCCAAACAGGUCUCCGAACAAGAGAGUCUAACUCAAGAGCAUUUAUCGAAGCAGAGCAAGUCGGUGUCGAAGAAAGAGAUUUACGAUGUCAAAACCAAGACCUGGAGAGAAUUUAAAGAAGCCACCAACGACACCAAACAGCCCACCUAUGAGCGUUUCGUUAGCCAGGGUUCGGAUGGUACUUGCAAAGUUACGUACAAAAAGAAAAUCUAUGAUCGUCGCAACAACAAGUGGCGUAUCGUUGAAGAGAAGACUGUGAAUAAUGCUCAUGAAAAAGUAUUCCCCGAAAUAGUCGAUGAUGUCAUUAACACAACCACCACCACAUACACAACCAAAAUAUACGAUACGAAGCUUGGACAGUGGAAGGUUGUUGAUGAGAAAUCGUUUGUUGAUUCUAAAGCGUUUGUGCCACAAGAUAUUGCUCGUGAAAUUGAGAAAGACAAUACUGAUGUUGCCAACAUCACAACAACAACUGAGAUCACCAAGAUCUACGAUGCUAGUAUUAAUGACUGGCGUGUUCUAGACGAGAAAACACGCACCGAUGUCAUUGAAAAGAUUGUAGAAGCUCCGAAGAAAACCGUUUACAUUGAUGAGUAUACUGAAAUUGAAAAGAAUUCAAAAAUAUCGGAAGAUAAUGAAAAUAUUGAAUACAAUUUAAACAAGACUUCAAAACGCAAAGAUGUAACCGAAAAUAUUUACGACGAAAUAAAUGAAACACAAAUAAAUCGUAAGAAAUUAACCGAUUCACGAAAGGAUGGAGUCGAUAAAAGAACAACUCAAAGAUCUACUCACACUGAGAUGUGUAUAUGUGAAAUUUGUACUUGCGGACGUCAUCAUUGUACAACUAGCGAUACAGCUUCUAAAACCUUGAAUCAAGAGACUCUUAUAGAAUCUACAGAUAUGGUUGACAAUGUUGAAACAACGAGAGUACGCACUAACACGUGGUCGAAAUCAGAUUUCGAAGACAAUGAAUCUCUAACCACAACUAGAAAAGGUGACAAAUACAUUCCUAAACCACUACCAAGACAUUUAGAUAGUACUAAAGAAGUAACAGAAAAUGAAGAAUACGAAUACAUUGUAAGAACUCAGCCAGUGCGACCCCAUGACAAUUUGAAGCCAGAAGGUGAAUUUUACGCUCCAGAUAAACCUAAAUAUACGCCAGGCGAAAGACCAACUCAGGUUCGCCAUGGAGACAAUUUAAAACCAGAGGGUGAAUUUUAUGCUCCCGAAAAACCUGGCUACCGACCAUCAGAACGUCCUCAACAAAAACGGCCCGAAGAUAAUCUCAAGCCUGAAGGUGAAUUUUAUGCUCCUGAAGUUAUUAUUCGCAAGGAUAAUCUUCGUACAGAAGGAGAAAUGACUUUUACUGAAAAGGAAGAGUACAAAUAUGUACAAAGACAGCAAGCAGUUGUUAGGGGUGACAAUCUCAAACCUGAAGGAGACUUUUAUACACCUGAGAAACCUCAAUAUAAACCUGGAGAAAGACCCUCCCAAGUACGUCAUGAAGAUAAUUUAAAACCAGAAGGUGAAUUUUACACUCCAGAAAAACCAGGCUUCAGACCUGCUGAAAGACCGCAACAAAAACGUCCCGAGGAUAACUUAAAACCAGAAGGUGACUUUUAUAAACCUGAAAAACUGUCAUAUAAACCAGGUGAAAGACCUACUCAAGUUCGGCCAGAAGAUAAUCUGAGACCAGAAGGUGAAUUUUACACUCCUGAAAAGCCUGGUUUUAGGCCUGCUGAAAGACCCCAACAAAAACGUCCUGAGGAUAAUUUAAAGCCAGAGGGUGAUUUUUACGCUCCAGAUAAAACCUCAUACAAACCUGGUGAAAGACCCACUCAAAUUCGCCAUCAAGAUAACUUAAGACCAGAGGGUGAAUUCUAUACUCCAGAAAAGCCCGGUUUUAAGCCUGCAGAAAGGCCACAACAAAAACGUCCAGAAGAUAAUUUAAAACCAGAAGGCGACUUUUAUGCACCUGAAAAACCAUCGUAUAAACCAGGUGAAAGACCUAGCCAAGUUCGGCCAGAGGAUAAUCUAAGACCAGAAGGCGACUUUUACACCCCAGAGAAAACAGGUUUUAGGCCAGCUGAAAGACCGCAACAAAAGCGUCCUGAGGAUAAUUUAAAGCCUGAGGGAGAUUUUUACGCUCCGGAUAAACCUUCAUAUAAACCUGGUGAAAGACCCAGCCAAGUACGCCAUGAAGAUAACUUAAGACCAGAGGGUGAAUUCUAUACUCCCGAAAAACCUGGCUUCAGACCAGCUGAAAGACCUCAACAAAAACGACCUGAGGAUAACCUUAAACCAGAAGGAGAUUUUUAUGCUCCAGAUAAGCCAAAAUAUAAACCUGGGGAAAGACCGUCUCAAGUUCGUCCUGAAGAUAAUUUAAGACCAGAAGGUGAAUUUUACACCCCAGAAAAACCUGGUUUUAGGCCUGCAGAAAGACCGCAACAAAAACGUCCUGAAGACAAUCUUAAACCAGAAGGCGAUUUUUAUGCUCCAGAUAAGCCAAAAUACAAACCUGGUGAAAGACCCUCACAAGUACGGCAUGAAGAUAAUUUAAGGCCAGAAGGUGAAUUUUACACUCCUGAAAAACCUGGUUUUAGACCUGCUGAAAGACCACAACAAAAACGUCCAGAGGACAACCUUAAGCCAGAAGGUGAAUUUUACACCCCAGAUAAACCUGGUUUUAGGCCGGCAGAAAGACCACAACAAAAACGCCCUGAAGAUAAUUUAAAACCUGAAGGCGAUUUUUAUGCACCUGAUAAACCACAAUAUAAACCAGGUGAGAGACCCACUCAAGUUCGUCCCGAGGACAAUCUCCGGCCAGAAGGAGAAUUUUAUACCCCAGAAAAACCUGGGUUCAGGCCAGCAGAAAGACCACAACAAAAACGUCCUGAAGACAAUCUUAAACCAGAAGGUGAUUUUUAUGCUCCAGAUAAGCCAAAAUACAAACCUGGUGAAAGACCUACUCAAGUUCGCCAUGAGGACAAUUUAAGGCCUGAAGGUGAAUUCUAUACUCCUGAGAAACCCGGAUUCAAACCAGCUGAAAGACCACAACAAAAACGUCCUGAGGACAACCUCAAACCAGAAGGUGAAUUUUAUGCUCCAGAUAAGCCAAAAUACGAAUCUGGUGAACGGCCUUCUCAGGUUCGCCCUGAAGAUAACUUAAGACCUGAAGGUGAAUUUUAUACCCCAGAAAAACCUGGGUUCAGGCCAGCAGAAAGACCCCAACAAAAACGUCCAGUGGAUAACCUUAAACCAGAAGGUGAAUUUUACACGCCUGAUAAACCUGGUUUUAGGCCUGCUGAAAGACCACAACAAAAACGCCCUGAAGAUAAUUUAAAACCUGAAGGCGAUUUUUAUGCCCCUGAUAAACCACACUAUAAACCUGGUGAGAGACCUACUCAAGUUCGUCCCGAGGAUAAUCUACGGCCAGAAGGUGAAUUCUAUACCCCUGAAAAGUCUGCAUUCAGACCAGCAGAAAGAACUGAACAAGUUAUCCGAAAAGAUAAUCUUCGUACUGAAGGUGAAAUGUUUUUCACAGAAAAAGAAGAAUACCAUUAUGUUAGCAGGCCUACCCAGAUACGUCAUGAUGAUAACUUAAAACCUGAGGGAGAGUUCUAUGUCCCAGAAAAGCCUGGUUACAGACCCGCAGAGCGUCCUACACAAAAGAAACCUGAAGAUAAUCUAAGACCCGAGGGUGAAUUCUAUACUCCAGACAAGCCUGGAUUUAAACCGGCAGAGCGACCAAUUCAGAAAAAACCGCAAGAUAAUUUGAGGCCUGAAGGAGAUUUUACUGUUCCAGAUAAACCUACCUUUACUCCAGCCGAAAAAACCGAGCGUAUUGUUAGAAAAGAUAACCUACGUAGUGAGGGUGAAAUGACGUUCACAGAGAAAGAUGAAUACCAAUACAUUGUGCGUCCAGAACUUGUAAAACAAAAGGAUAAUUUAAAACCAGAAGGAGAUUUCUUUACCCCAGAGAAGCCGAAAUAUAUUUCUGGGGAACGGCCUCAGCAAAUCCGCCCAGAAGAUAAUUUGAAACCUGAGGGUGAAUUUUACACUCCAGAAAAGACUGGAUACAGACCAGCUGAAAGACCCGUUCAAAAGAAGCCGGAAGAUAAUCUUAGGCCUGAGGGCGAAUUUACAGUUCCCGAUAAGCCAAUAUUCAAACCUGCUGAACGAAAUGAACGUAUAAUUAGAACUGACAAUUUGCGCUCGGAAGGUGAGAUGACAUUUGUGGAAAAACAAGAGUAUACGUAUGUCAAGAGGCCAGAACCCGUAAAGAAACAAGAUAAUUUGAAGCCAGAAGGCGAGUUUUAUACUCCCGAAAAAAUAGAAUUCAUCCCUGGGGAAAGACCAUCACAGGUCCGACCAGAGGAUAAUUUGAAGCCUGAAGGCAAAUUCUACACACCGGAAAAGACUGGCUAUAAACCAGCUGAAAGACCUAUUCAAAAACGUCCUGAAGAUAAUUUAAAACCAGAGGGAGAUUUCUAUACUCCUGAAAAACAAGGAUAUAGACCUGCUGAAAGACCACAGCAAAAAAGACCAGAAGACAAUCUAAAACCAGAAGGUGAUUUUUACACUCCGGAUAAACCAGGUUAUCGUCCAGCUGAAAGACCAGAGCAAAAGAGACCUGAAGAUAAUCUUAAACCCGAAGGAGAUUUCUACGCUCCCGAAAAAAUUAAGUAUAUGCCUGGUGAAAGGCCUAGCCAAGUUCGUCCCGAAGACAAUUUAAGACCUGAAGGUGAGUUUUAUACUCCAGAUAAACCCAAGUUCACAGCCGCUGAAAGACCGGUUCAGAAGAAGCCACAAGAUAAUUUGAAAUCAGAGGGUGAAUUUACUGUACCUGAUAAGCCAACUUAUAAACCUGCAGAAAAGACCGAACGGGUAAUAAGAAGAGACAAUCUUCGCACGGAAGGAGAAAUGACUUUUGUAGAAAAAGAAGAAUAUCAAUACGUAAAGAGGCCAGAACUUGUAAAGCAAUUGGAUAACCUAAAGCCAGAAGGUGAAUUUUAUACCCCAGAGAAAUUAAAAUUCAUUCCAGGUGAAAGACCAUCUCAAGUUCGACCCGAAGAUAAUCUCAAACCUGAAGGUGAAUUCUAUACUCCAGAAAAAACUGGUUUUAAACCCGCUGAAAGGCCAGUUCAAAAACGUCCAGAGGACAAUCUUAAACCGGAGGGUGAUUUCUAUACACCGGAGAAACAUGGAUUUGUUCCAGCAGAGAGGCCAAUACAGAAAAAACCAAAGGAUAACCUUAAACCUGAGGGCGAUUUCACAGUUCCAGACAAACCUGAAUUCAAACCAGCUGAGCGAAAUGAGCGCAUUAUUCGAAAGGAUAAUCUUCGCACAGAGGGCGAAAUGACAUUUGUAGAAAAGGAAGAAUAUCAGUAUGUUGUGAGACCUGAACCUGUGAGACGAUUAGAUAAUCUUAAACCUGAAGGGGAAUUUUAUGCUCCUGAAAAGCAAAAAUACAUGCCAGGUGAAAGACCAACACAAGUGCGACCGGAAGAUAAUCUCAAGCCAGAAGGAGACUUUUACACGCCUGAGAAAACUGGAUUCCGUCCGGCAGAAAGGCCUGUUCAGAAGAAGCCAGAAGACAAUUUGAAACCCGAAGGUGAUUUCUAUGCACCAGAUAAACCCAAAUACGUUUCUGGUGAGAGACCUUCUCAAGUUCGUCCGGAAGACAAUCUUAAGCCAGAAGGGGACUUCUAUACUCCUGAGAAGCAGGGAUUCCGUCCGGCUGAGAGACCUGUUCAAAAGAAACCUGAAGAUAAUCUUAAGCCUGAAGGAGAAUUCUACACACCUGAGAAGCCCGGCUUCCGUCCAGCUGAAAGGCCCGUUCAAAAGAAACCGGAAGAUAAUCUUAAGCCAGAAGGAGACUUCUAUGCCCCAGAUAAACCCAAAUACGUUUCUGGUGAGAGACCUUCUCAAGUUCGUCCGGAAGACAAUCUUAAGCCUGAAGGGGACUUCUAUACUCCUGAGAAGCAGGGAUUCCGUCCGGCUGAAAGACCUGUGCAAAAGAAACCUGAGGAUAAUCUUAAGCCAGAAGGAGACUUCUAUACACCAGAUAAACCCAAAUACGUUUCCGGUGAAAGACCUUCUCAAGUUCGUCCGGAAGAUAAUCUGAAACCUGAGGGAGACUUUUACACUCCUGAGAAGCCGGGAUUCCGUCCGGCUGAGAGACCUGUUCAAAAGAAACCUGAAGAUAAUUUAAAACCAGAAGGAGACUUUUAUGCACCAGAUAAACCCAAAUACGUCUCCGGAGAAAGGCCAUCUCAAGUUCGUCCGGAAGAUAAUCUUAAACCUGAAGGAGACUUCUAUACUCCUGAGAAGCAAGGUUUCCGUCCGGCAGAAAGACCUGUGCAAAAGAAACCAGAAGACAAUCUCAAGCCUGAAGGUGAUUUCUAUACUCCUGAGAAGCCCGGCUUCCGUCCAGCUGAAAGGCCUGUUCAAAAGAAACCUGAAGAUAAUCUUAAACCAGAAGGAGACUUUUAUGCACCAGAUAAACCCAAAUACGUUUCCGGUGAAAGACCUUCUCAAGUUCGUCCGGAAGAUAAUCUUAAACCUGAAGGAGACUUCUAUACUCCUGAGAAGCAGGGAUUCCGUCCGGCUGAAAGACCUGUGCAAAAGAAACCUGAGGAUAAUCUUAAACCAGAAGGAGACUUCUAUGCGCCAGAUAAACCCAAAUACGUUUCCGGUGAAAGACCUUCUCAAGUUCGUCCAGAAGAUAAUCUUAAACCUGAAGGAGACUUCUAUACACCUGAGAAGCAAGGUUUCCGUCCGGCAGAAAGACCUGUGCAAAAGAAACCAGAAGAUAACCUCAAGCCUGAAGGAGAUUUCUAUACACCAGAUAAACCUAAAUACGUUUCCGGUGAAAGGCCUUCGCAAGUUCGUCCGGAAGAUAAUCUCAAGCCUGAAGGAGACUUUUACACACCUGAGAAGCCCGGCUUCCGCCCAGCUGAAAGGCCUGUUCAAAAGAAACCAGUGGAUAACCUCAAACCAGAGGGAGACUUCUAUACUCCUGAGAAACCCGGAUUCCGUCCAGCAGAAAGACCAGUGCAAAAGAAACCAGAAGAUAAUCUCAAACCUGAGGGAGACUUCUAUACUCCUGAGAAGACCGGGUUCCGUCCAGCAGAAAGGCCAGUACAGAAGAAACCAGAGGAUAAUCUCAAACCUGAGGGAGACUUCUAUACACCUGAAAAGCAAGGUUUCCGACCUGCAGAGAGACCUGUUCAAAAGAAGCCAGAAGACAAUUUGAAACCUGAGGGUGAUUUUUAUACACCAGAUAAGCCUAAAUUCGUUCAAGGUGAAAGACCAUCUCAAAUUCGACCUGAAGAUAACUUACGACCAGAAGGUGAUUUUACCGUACCUGAUAAACCAAGUUAUAGACCGGCAGAAAAAACAGAACGUAUAGUAAGAAAAGACAACCUGCGAACUGAGGGUGAAAUGACAUUUGUAGAAAGAGAAGAGUAUCAGUAUGUUAAAAGGCCUGAGCCCGUUAAGCAUUUGGAUAAUUUGAAACCUGAAGGGGAAUUCUAUACCCCUGAAAAACCAAAGUUUGUAACUGGUGAAAGACCUACACAAGUUCGUCCUGAAGACAACCUGAAACCAGAAGGCGAUUUUACAGUUCCAGAAAAAAAAACAUACAAGCCUGCUGAAAAAAUUGAGCGUAUAAUAAGAAAAGACAAUCUGCGUACUGAAGGAGAAAUGACAUUUGUCGAAAAACAAGAUUAUCAGUAUGUUGUCAGACCUGCUCCAGUCCGUCCUGAAGAUAAUUUAAGGCCUGAAGGUGAUUUCUACACGCCCGAAAAAACUGGCUUCCGGCCAGCUGAAAGACCAGUUCAAAAGAAACCAGAAGAUAAUCUCAAACCAGAAGGUGACUUUUAUACCCCUGAGAAGCCAGGAUUCCGACCUGCAGAAAGACCUGUGCAAAAGAAACCAGAAGAUAAUCUUAAGCCUGAGGGUGAUUUCUACGCACCAGAUAAACCCAAAUUUGUCCCAGGUCAAAGACCAUCUCAAGUUCGUCCUGAAGAUAAUCUUAAACCUGAAGGAGACUUCUAUACACCUGAGAAACAAGGAUUCCGUCCGGCAGAAAGACCAGUCCAAAAGAAACCGGAAGAUAAUUUAAAACCUGAGGGAGAUUUCUAUACUCCUGAGAAGCCUGGUUUCCGUCCAGCAGAAAGGCCAGUUCAAAAGAAGCCUGAAGAUAAUCUCAAGCCAGAAGGUGACUUCUAUACGCCAGAGAAGCCUGGCUUCCGACCAGCAGAAAGACCUGUCCAAAAGAAGCCAGAAGAUAAUCUUAAGCCGGAGGGAGAUUUCUAUGCACCAGAUAAACCAAAAUUCGUUUCAGGUGAACGACCUUCUCAGGUACGUCCGGAGGAUAAUCUUAAACCUGAAGGAGAUUUCUAUACUCCUGAGAAGCCUGGAUUCCGACCAGCAGAAAGGCCAGUUCAAAAGAAACCAGAAGAUAAUCUUAGGCCAGAAGGUGAUUUCUUCGCACCAGAUAAACCUAAAUUUGUUCCAGGUCAAAGACCUUCUCAGAUUCGCCAUGAAGAUAAUCUUAAACCUGAAGGAGACUUCUAUAAACCUGAAAAAGAAGGGUUCCGCCCAGCAGAAAGACCUGUACAAAAGAAACCAGAGGAUAAUUUAAAACCUGAGGGUGACUUCUAUGCUCCUGAAAAACCUGGUUUCCGCCCUGCUGAAAGACCCGUGCAAAAGAAGCCAGAAGAUAACCUUAAACCAGAGGGUGAUUUCUAUACUCCAGAAAAGUCUAAAUUUGUCCCAGGUGAGAGGCCAAAACAGGUGAAACACAAAGAUAAUCUUCAUCCAGAAGGAGACUUCUAUACACCUGAGAAACCUGGAUUCCGCCCUGCCGAAAGACCAGUUCAAAAGAGACCUGAGGACAAUCUGAAACCAGAAGGAGACUUCUAUACUCCAGAAAAGACUGGUUACAAACCUGCAGAACGCCCAGUUCAGAAAAAGCCUGAAGAUAACCUAAAACCAGAAGGAGACUUCUAUACUCCUGAAAAGACUGGUUUUAGACCAGCCGAAAGAACAGAAAAAAUUAUUAGAAAGGACAAUCUUCGUUCAGAAGGUGAAAUGACUUUCGUUGAAAAAGAGGAGUAUAAAUAUGUCAGGAGACCUGAGCCUGUUAGGCAAGGUGAUAAUCUUAAACCUGAGGGUGAAUUCUACGCACCUGACAAACCAAAAUUCGUUCCUGGUGAAAGACCAACUCAGGUCCGACAUGAAGAUAAUCUAAAGCCCGAAGGUGACUUUUAUUCUCCUGAAAAGACCGGUUACAAGCCUGCAGAAAAAGUGGUGCAAAAGAAACCCAAGGAUAACCUUAAACCUGAAGGUGAAUUUACAGUUCCUGACAAACCAUCAUUUAAACCUGCUGAAAAAACUGAACGGAUUAUUAGAAAAGAUAACUUACGUGUUGAAGGGGAAAUGACAUUUAAUGAAAAAGUCGAGUAUCAAUCGGUUAAAAGGCCAGAACCCAUAAAAAUGAAAGACAACCUUAAACCAGAAGGUGAUUUCUAUACACCAGAAAAACAAGGCUUUAAACCUGCCGAGAGACCAGUUCAAAAGAAACCCCAAGAUAAUCUGAAACCGGAAGGCGAUUUCACCGUGCCGGACAAACCCACAUAUAAGCCAGGAGAAAAAACAACGCGUAUUAUAAGAAAGGACAAUUUGCAUACAGAAGGUGAGAUGACAUUUGUUGAAAAAGAUGAGUAUAAGUAUGUUAAGAGACCAGAGCCCAUCAAACAGUCCGAUAAUCUUAAGCCUGAAGGUGACUUUUACACACCAGAAAAAACAGGAUUCAAACCGGCCGAACGACCAUCUCAAAAGAAGCCUGUUGACAAUCUUAAACCUGAAGGUGAUUUUUAUGCUCCAGGUAAACCAGGUUAUAAACCAGCCGAACGCCCAGUUGCUAAGAAACCGGUAGAUAAUUUGAAACCUGAAGGAGAUUUUGCAACUCCUGAAAAACCAUCGUAUAAGCCGGCCGACAAAGUUCAGCGAGUUAUUCACAAAGAUAAUUUGCGAAUGGAGGGUGAAAUGACAUUCGAACAACAUGAAACAUAUCAACAUGUCAAGAGACCUACUCCUAUUAAACCCACUGACAAUCUGAAGCCUGAGGGACAAUUCGUUACACCUGAAAAGCCUUCAUACAAACCCGGUGAAAGAGUAGAGCGCAUAGUACACAAAGAUAACCUGCGUACUGAGGGUGAAAUGACAUUCGAACGUAAGGAUAUUUACCAACAUGGCAAGAGACCAACACCAAUCAAACCUACUGAUAAUUUGAAACCCGAAGGUGAAUUCGUUACACCAGAAAAAUCUCCUUAUAAACCCGGAGAAAGAGUAGAGCGUGUGGUGCACAAAGACAAUUUGAGAACUGAAGGUCAAAUGACAUUCGAGCAAAAGGACUCGUAUCAGUACGUUAAGCGACCAACUCCCAUCAAACCCACUGAUAAUCUAAAACCAGAAGGAGAUUUCUACCAUAAAGACAAACCAAUGGGUCCUAAAGAUGUGGUCGAUAGAGCUACUCCAAGGCGUCCAGUAGACAACUUAAAACUCGAAGGCAAAAUGGAUAUCGUAAAGAAGAGUGAUACUAAAACUACUCAGCAAACCACUGCCACAGUGCGUCAAACUAAAAACAAGUACGCACACAAUAGUUCUUCUAUAAGUUUAGGAUCCGAUAGCUCUAUAUUGAAGACAACAAGUCAGAUGAGUUUUGCAUCUGGUAAGACAGCCGUUCCUGUCACUGACUUAACAACUGAGAAACCUGCUGAUGGUAUGGUCAUAGUCUCCACUAAAAAGGUCAUCACUGUCGUUGGCGGUAAAUCGAAAAAAGAACCAGAAACUCAGUACAUCAGAAGGCAAGGCAAGGUGAAUGUCAUUGAGAAUGUUGAAAAAUCAUCAACCACAAAGAAUGUUAAAAAUGUGGAAAACAUUCACAAGGAAGACGUUUCCGUUACCCAAAACCGUGUAACGGCCAGAAAUAGAACUAUAGUUGAUUCGACAGAACAUAAUACCAACCAUAUAACAAAUGGCAGCACUUCUACGAGAAGCAGUAUUCAAAAUAAUUCAACUGGAGCACAACACCAGCAUACUUGCUUGGCCGGCAAACUAGCGUCUUCAAACCAACACAUUCAUACCGAUGGUACAACCAUCAUCAGAAGAGCUACUUGUGUUAAUCAAAGACAUGGAAAUACUUCCGACAUGAAGAACAUUAUUAGUAGUGGCGGAAGCAGUGGCCAUGAAACUCACAUCCAUAACACCGAUGGCUCAACCAUAAUUAGAAGAGAUACUUGUGUCAAUCAAAGAAAUGCAAAUACCUCUGACAUGAAGAACAUUAUUAGUAGUGCCGGAAGUAGUGGCCAUGAAACUCACAUCCAUAACACCGAUGGCUCAACCAUAAUUAGAAGAGGUACUUGUGUCAAUCAAAGACAAUCAAAUACUUCUGACAUGAAUAACAUUAUUACUGGUAGUGGCCACGGAACUCAUAGCCAUGACACUGCUGCGUCAAAGAUAACAAACACUAUUAAUGGUAGUAACGGCAACGUUACUCGCUCAAACUCAACAAACAUCAGCUCAAACAGUUUAGAAAGCACAAAUGCAACCUCAACAUCCAUGUCGACUAGCAAGCAGUUCCAUCAUCGUAAAACAGAAUUUUCUUCAGAGUCCAAUGUCGCCAAUACAAUACUGCAACGUAAAAACGCUACAUCAGAAUCCAAUCAAUUUGGUAGUCUUACGUCAAAUGCCAAAAUACAGCGUAAGAGUAUAAUGAACCUAAACGAACAACCUUCCAGCAAUUGGUUCCCCAGCGAACGACAAAGUUACACCAGUAUUCAUCGUCAGAAAGAAGCAGAGUCUUCAGCCUCCAACAAUAUAAAUGAACGGCGUAGCAUAACGACAAAACACCGCGAUAUCAACAAUCAACAGACGAACAACAGAGGAUCAACGGCACACCAAACAAUGUCCGUUCAUACCUCCGCUCUAGAUUUCCCCUCGUACAGCAGAAGCUCUGAGCGUGUCGCCUCACGUCAACGUGCCAAUCAAUCAUCUAUUUCCUUCGGAAACGAAACUUCCUCUUCGUCCAGUCUUUACAAAAUGGAAUACAAAACGCUUCCGGUCACAACAUGUGCUGUGCAUAAAACAAAACAAGGUGCAUUCCAACAAUCUAGGGAUACUAAUGAUCAUAAAUUUUUCAAACGCAACUAAUUAAGCAAUUUUGUAUUUGUAAUGUUGUAUCUAUUUUUUUUUAAAACAUGCAGACAUAAUUGUUGUUAAUGCAUAUUAUUAAUAUUCCCCCCUAUUUUCUUUUUACUAUUAUUAUUUUCUUUUUUGUUAACACAUUAGUACUAACAUUUACACAUAUAAUGCAUAAUAAUAUUUUUUAUACAUAUCACAAUAAACAAUAAAAUUGUCAUUUAUUAUUAAUAAAAGUCUCGAAAUUAUAAAUAAAAAAAAAA